ACCUCCCACGUUCUCCUACAGUACCGAGUGCGAGCAUCAUGAACGGCGCGGAGAUACACGUGCACAGAGGCUCACUCAUCAACCUAACGUGUGUGGUGGAGCACACGACGGAACGACCGCUCUACAUCGUCUGGUACCACUACAACAAGGUCAUCGACUACGAGGUGAUGGGGGGCGUGGUGGUGGUGACCCAGUCCGGCCACAACACCGUCAGUCACCUGCUGGUGAAGAACGCUGAGGCCUCUGACUCCGGCAAGUAUACCUGCCGCCCCUCUAAUGGUGAGGACGCCUCCGUCAUGCUCCAUGUCCUCAAUGGGCAGCACCCGGCAGCCAUGCAGACGAAUACAAGUGGGCGGAGCCUGGCUUCGCUGGCCAGUGUGGCAGUGGUCGGCGUGGGGGUCGCACUCAGCGUAGUUGUCCUCCUGUGCCGAUGCUAAAACUACUGCUGCUUCAACUGUUCUGUUAUGCUCAUAUGAGUUCAUUUACUGUAGUAUAUUUUGAGAAAAACGUUUCCUCUCGUUACACGAGAGAGGAACGGUAGUUUAAUUUUGUGGAGAGAGAAAAAAAAUAGGUUUUAUUCUUUUAAUACCAAGGGAAAUUUUGUAUAUUCUCUUGUUCGCGAGAGAAAACUGACUUUUGUGUUUCCCUAAGAAACGUUGAUGAGAAAAAAAGUUUUAUUCUCUUGUUACCGAGAGAUAAACGUUCGAUUCUCUUAUUCCAGAGAACUAAAACAAAAAAAAUUAACGUUUCCGCGAAAAGAAAUAAUUUAAUACAUUUUUUUCCACGACAAAUUAGCAAUUAUUUUGUUCCAAGUAACGGGACUUGUCUCCUCUCUUUACCUCAGUAUUACCAUAACUUUUCACGGUACGAGUAUAUAUAUAUAUAUAUAUAUAUAUAUAUAUAUAUAUAUAUAUAU